UAAGCAACUUUUCAUCCACCCUUCUGUGUUAUCUUCAGCAUUUGCCUUAGUUCAUUUCAAUGGCUUCAGUCUUCAGCGUGUUCAAGUUGUCGUUUCUCGUGAGCUUACUCUCGUUUUUGAACUUGGGUUCAUGGCGAGAACCGCCGAAGAGUUUGCAUAUACUCCCAGCAACUUGCACAAGGAUUGAGUGUCCAAGUUUUGACAGUGUUGAAGUUGGAAAUGGCUAUGAAAUUCGAAGAUAUGAUCAGGCUGUGUGGAUGUCAACUUCCCCUAUUCAAGAUAUCUCUCUUGUUGCAGCCACCAGAACUGGCUUCCUCCGCUUAUUCGACUACAUUCAGGGGAAGAACAACUACAACAAAACAAUAGAGAUGACAGCUCCAGUGAUCACUGAAGUUGUUCCAAGCGAUGGACCCUUGUGUGAAUCUUCAUUCACAGUCAGUUUUUUUGUGCCAGAAGCGAACCAGGCCAACCCACCUCCGGCAGAAGGCCUCCAUGCACAGAAAUGGGAACCCACAUAUGCUGCAGUGAGGCAAUUCGGUGGGUUUGUGACAGACUCAAACGUAGGAGAAGAAGCGGCCGCCUUGCAGGCCAGUAUUUCAGGCACUGAGUGGCCAGAUGCCAUUGAGAAAAGCCAUGGAAAGAACUCAACUUCAGUGUACACUGUUGCUCAGUACAACUCUCCAUUUGAGUUUGACGACAGAGUGAACGAGAUAUGGAUUUUGUUUCAUAUGGAAAAUGAGUACAUAAUGUGAGAAUAACUUUGAUGAUCACAGUGUUGAGGUUGUGUUAGAAC